ACGUUCUACUUUAUUAAAUGAUUGAUAAUAAGCCAAGACGUAAAAAAUGUCUUUAGCAUCUUAUCUUGCAGAAAAGUAUUUAAAUAAAGAAGUAAUAAAGAAAGAUAAGAAGAAAGAUAUAAAAGAAGAAACAGUUCAUAUUAUUGAUGGAGAUUUAACUGGAUGGAAAGAGAUUAAACCGGAUAUUAAGAAAAAAGCAUCAAUUUUAAAAAAAGGUUUAAAAAAAAAAUUAGAAAAAGAGGAAGAAGGAAUAAAAAAAGGGUUUAAAAAAGCAAGUUCUUCAUGGGAAAAAGUAGAAGAGUCAGAAUCCAAUAUAGAAGCACAAGUUACGCAGGACGUAAUUGUGUCUGAAGAAGAUAAAAAAGAAAAUGAUGUAAAAAUGGAAUCUAAAAAUGAAUAUGUUAUGUCAAGUGGAGCACGUGCAGGAUUACAAACAGCAAAACAAGUAGCAGAUGAUAUUGAGUUACAAAAAAAUCAAGAACGUGCAAUUUUUAAAGCACUAGAUCCAAAAUUAACAGGAAAAAAUGCAAAAACAAUUUACAGAGAUGCAAGUGGACGUAGAGUUGAUAUAGAACUUGCUAUGAUUGAACGGCAACGUCAAAAAGCUAAAGAAGAUGCUCGAAAAAAAUUGGAAUAUGAAAUGUCUCAGGGUGAAGUACAAAAACGACAAAAAGAAGAAGCAAAAAAAGCUAUGGAAGCUAUAAAACAUGAACCUUUUUCAAGAUCGAUUGACGAUCCAGAAUUCAAUCGUAUGCUUAAAGAAAAAGAAUGUUGGGACGACCCCGCUAAAGCUUUUUUAUCUAAAAAACAACAGUCUACACGCCCAACAUAUAAAGGAUUUUAUAGUGCUAAUAGAUUUGGUAUUGCACCUGGUUAUCGUUGGGAUGGUGUAGAUAGAAGUAAUGGCUUCGAAAAAGCUUGGUUUGCUUAUCGAAAUGAAAAAAAAGCACAAGCUGCAGAAGCAUACGCUUGGAGUAUCGAAGAUAUGUAAAAAAUAUAUUGAUUUAUUCAUUUAUUUAUUCAUUAACUAAUCUUA